AGUACAGGAAUGCGAAGUGGAGAUGGCGUUUGAAUUGGCCGCAACACCGUUUAGACGUCUUAAGCUAGCGUCGUUUGCUCCUCUAAUUUCAGCAGAGAGAGCUGUCUGUCCGAAGUGCAAAUCAUCUCGUAAAUACUUUUGCUACACGUGCUUUAUUCCUGUAGGAAUAUCAGAGUCUUCCUUACCGACAGUCGAAUUGCCGCUGCAGGUCGACAUAAUAAAACACAGUUUGGAGAGAGUUGGGAAAAGCACGUCAUCUCACGCACGAAUUUUGUCUCCUCAUUCAGUGAACAUUCAUAUCUACCCUGACAUCCCCAGCUAUUCAGACACAAACAAAGUUCUACUCCUCUUUCCAGGCCCAGAAACUCCUUCACUUGACUCAUUGUUGCCAGGAAAGACUACAGAGCACAAGCAAUGUUCUACUGGUGUUUCAUCUGCCAAGAGGCAACGUUUACAAAGACCGUUAUGUGAGCGCCUUAUCGUUGUUGAUUCAACAUGGUCACAAGCAAAACGAAUAACAGCAGAUGACCGACUGCAUGAUAUCCCAAGAGUCCAACUGAAGCAAGCAGAGACAUUCUUCUGGAGAAAACAGAGUAAGCCAAGUCACUACCUUGCAACAAUAGAGGCCAUCUACUAUUUCUUCAAGCAACUUCACGAACUACAAGAAGAAAGGUCAUAUGAUGGACAGUAUGAUAACCUGCUGUACUUCUUUGCAUUCCAGUAUUUAUUAAUAAAGAAUAAGAAGGAAACAAAAUAACAAUAUUAACUUUUACCUGUGAAAUAAAAUGUGUGCUAAAUGAACCAUGAACUCACCAAGUAAAACAGAUCG